AAGGCGACAUCUUGGAACCGGGCAUCGCUUAGGGUGUCCGCGUUUCCUGAGUGUUUAUGUAACCUCUGGGGCAGGAACCGCAAUUCCUCCUCCUCCUCUCGAGUAUCUUGUAACAAACAGCUGAAAAGGGCGGGGAAAGGCGGGAAUGUGACGCCAGAAGGUUUGCUGCGUUUGUGCAGAGGAAUCUGCCCUGUCACUUCGUGCUGGGAAGAUUGGGAGCCCCGGUACAUUUUUGUGCGAUGAGCUAUUUGCUGCCUUUUUCUGUUUUGCUAAUGGGACUACUGCCGACUAGAACCAUGGCUUGGACCUCAACUGGGAAGACACAUGCCGAACUGCUCAACAAUCUGUAUAAAAAUGGUGUGAUUAAGUCCCAACGUGUUUUUGAUGUGUUGCUGGCUACUGAUAGAGCCCACUAUAUCAAGUAUUUUCCAUAUAUGGAUUCUCCUCAAUCAAUUGGAUACAAGGCUACCAUCAGUGCACCUCACAUGCAUGCUCAUGCUCUUGAGUUACUGAAGGACCAUCUAGUGGAAGGAGCGAAGGCAUUGGAUGUAGGAUCAGGAAGUGGAUAUCUUACUGCUUGUUUUGCUAGGAUGGUGGGCCCCACGGGCAAGGCAGUAGGCAUUGAGCACAUAGAAGAAUUGGUUCAUGAAUCCCUUAGGAAUGUCAGAGAAGAUGAUCCAAAUUUGCUUAGCUCUGGACAAGUGAAACUUUUAGUUGGUGAUGGUAGGAAGGGGUAUCCUGAAGAAGCCCCUUAUGAUGCCAUCCAUGUUGGAGCAGCUGCACCCACUGUACCAAAGGAGUUGCUGAAUGAGCUGAAACCUGGAGGACGACUGAUUUUGCCAGUAGGGCCAGAGGGUGGAAACCAGGUUAUGAUGCAGUUUGACAAAACUAAAGAUGGUCAGAUUGUGGAAAAGCAUCUGAUGGGUGUGAUAUAUGUUCCUCUGACAGACAAAGAAAAACAGUGGCCUCAGGAUGAAUUUUAAAAGAUUUAAAUUGCUUAUAAAGGACCUUUUGAAAGCCUAUGAACUGUGUUUGGAAAAAUUGAUAUUUGCAGUACAGUAUAUAUGAACACUCAUUUCUGCUCUUUGAAAGUAACAUUUGACCUGUAACUGUAAGAACUUAGAUGGAAUUUGGAAAAAAAGCAAAUUGGUUGAUUCAAGAUUAACAACACAAUUCACAAUUACAAAUAAUAUUUGUGUGUACCAAAAUAGAAUAAACAAUGGAGAGAGAAA